AUGGAAAUCUUUGGUCUCGUUUUCAUACCAAUUACAAACGAUGGAUCAAAAAUUACCAACACGCCAGUGCCAUUGCAAAACGUCCAAGUUGAAGCGAAUGUUGUCGACAUGAUUGCUGAAGUUAAAAUUUCACAGACAUAUAAAAAUGUUGAAAAGAAUACGAUCGACGCUUUCUACAAAUUUCCAAUUCACGAAGCGGCAGCUGUUUGUGGCUUCGAAGCCGAACUUGACGAUGGACGGAUUAUCAAAGGAAUCGUAAAAGGAUCAACCGAAGCGGCUAAAGAAUACGAAAAAGCAGUCUUGCGAGGACAAGGAGCGUAUCUUCUUGAGGAAACACUUCCCGACGUUUUCCAAUGCUCUCUCGGUAACAUAUCUUCUGGUCAGACAAUAAUCAUCAGGAUCACUUACGUUACAGAACUGAAACACGAUGCAGAAUCCGAAAAAAUUCGGUUUGUCCUGCCAACAGUUGUUUCUCCUCGAUACGCUCCUGAGAAUUUUUCUGAAAAGUCAACGGAUGCAGAUAAAAUAGUAACCGCGGAAAAUCCAAGUUAUGUUAGCACCGCAAUUGCAAAAUAUACAUUAGGACUUUCAAUCACGUGUAGAAUGACGGAUGCAAUUACGAGUAUAGAAUCUCCUUCUCAUAAGAUUUCCACCGAAUUAAAUAUUAACGGUGAUGCUAAAGUUUCGAGAAUUAGUCUGGCUGAAGAAAUUACCUAUUUGGAAAGAGACUUUAUUUUAGUGGUAAAAAGUAAUGGAUUGGAUGAACCAAGAGCAUUUAUUGAAUACAAUUCAAAGACGGAAACAAAUGCUGUUAUGUUGACGUUGGUCCCGAAAUUUUCUUCGAGUUCGGCGAAAAUGAGCGAAAUGAUAUUUGUAGUUGACAGGUCAGGUUCAAUGUCUGAUGGACCAAUUCGUAAAGCAUCGCAGGCUCUUCAAUUAAUUCUUCGCUCGCUUCCCGAAAACUGUCUUUUCAAUAUCGUUUCCUUUGGAAGUGAAUUUGAUUCUCUAUUCAAAGAAAGUGAACGCUAUUCCGAAAAGACAUUUUCCCUCGCCAUAUCCCAUGCUGAAAGUAUGGACGCCGACUAUGGUGGAACAGAAAUAAAAAAUGUUCUCGAAUGGGUAGUUAAGACUGCUCGUAGUGAUAUGCCAACCUCUGUUUUCUUACUAACAGAUGGUGAAGUAUGGAAUGUCGAAGAAAUAGUCCAACUGAUCCGGAAAACUGCCAGCGACCCAAAGAAAAGCUUUCGACUCUUCUCUUUAGGAAUUGGAUCUAGCGUCUCGCAUCAUUUAGUAGAGUCGAUUGCCCGAGCUGGGAAUGGUUAUGCACAAUUUGUCACUGAUGAAGAACGUAUGGAUAAAAAAGUUAUCGGAAUGGUGAAGAACGCAAUGAAAUGCGCCUUAAUCGAUUAUAAAAUCGAAUGGAUUGACAAGACCAAAAAUAAGUCGAUUAUUUCAUUUCCUUGGAAUUCGUCGAAAAAAAAUGAGAACGAUGUAAUUCGUCAGGCUCCCCAUACUAUUCCCGCUAUAUAUUCUGGUGUGCGUGUGGUAGUUUAUGCGAUUCUGGCGAAAGGUGUUGAGCCUAAAAAAGUUCUAACUCUCUCGGCACAAUCCUUGGAUGGCCCGAUUAAGCUUGACGUUAACGUAGAUCCAGUAACGCUUCAGGGAUCAAAAAUACAUACAUUGGCUGCUCGGAAAUUAAUUCAGGAUUUAGAAGAAGGCACCUCUUUUCUGCAUACGGAGUCUGAAGGAAAAAAUAAAACUCCCGGUGAACUUGUCAAAGAACAAAUUAUUAAUCUUGGUAAAGUAUUACUUUCAACCUUACGUCGAGAUAUACCAGCAAUAGACGAGAAAACUAAAUCUGAAAUUGCUAGAAGCGAAACACUUAAGCAAAAAAGAGAAGUUCCAGUUCAAGCUAUGAAUGCUAUGACAACUAUGGCAUGUGUGUCCAGCAGUCCAUUAAGACUUCGUAAAGCUAGUUCUGGUGGUGGUGCUAUUGGUCUAUAUAGUGAUUUUUGUGAUUCAUCUAGUGUUAGUGAAGAAUGUGCAUAUUCGUUUACACAACAAAUUCGAAGGCAAGAAGAACCAUUACCAUCACCGUCAUUUGACAUAAAGGCACCAACUAUUGAUACAUUAUACGCAUUCCUAAAAUUGCAAACUUUUGAUGGAAAGUUCGUUGCAAAAGACUCUAAUUUUUCGAAUCUAUUUUCUGGAAAUGAUUCAAAGAGAGAUGAUAAUUUAGAGUGGACGACAGCUGUGGCAAUGGCUUAUUUGGAGAUUGUAAUGAAAGAGUUUAAAGAAGAAUGGGAAUUAUGUUAUGAAAAGGCGGAACGCGCAUUAAUCAAUUUGGUUGGUGAAAGUGGAGGAGAAAAGAAGGUUGAAAAUCUUUUGGCGGAAGCUCGUGAAUGGGUACAAAAAUGUACUAGUGCUGGUCAAUCAAUUGCGGUGAACUCGAAUGUUUCUGAUACUUCUAAAUUUGUAAAGGGUCGCGCAUUCGAUCGUUUGUUUUUUAUUAUUUUCGAGAAUACUAAUUAUGAAGAUGCGAUUGCGGAUCCUUAUUUUAAGAGUUUGACUGAACAAGGACUCUUUUUUACUAAUUAUCAUGCGAUUGCUCACCCAUCUGAACCUAAUUAUCUGGCAUUGAUUUCGGCACAAACAUUCGAAAAAGACCAACAAUACACGAGGCUGGAUUUGAAUAGCACCACUCUCAUCGAUUUGUUUGAACCAAAAGGAAUCACUUGGAAAUCAUACCAAGAAAAUUAUCCAGGAAAUUGUUACAAGGAAUAUUAUUCCCCAGAUGGAAAAUAUGCAGAAAGACAUAACCCAUUCAUGUCGUUUCUAAGUAUUUCAGGUGUCCCAGCACGAUGUGCCAGAGUUGUGCCAGCUCCAGAGUUAGACGUAGACAUUAGUCAGAAUAACUUGCCCCAAUAUAUGUUUUAUACUCCCAAUUUGGAUAACGACGCACAUGACACAAACAUUACAUUCGCAAGCGCUUACUUUUCAAAAUUCCUAAACCCAAAACUCAAAAAUCCCAACUUUUUCGAUAACAGGACAUUAAUCGUAAUCACAUUCGAUGAAUCAGAAUCCUACAACGAUACCAAUCAAAUAUACACGUUAUUGCUUGGAUCGGCGAUUGAUCCUUCGUUGCGUGGAAAAACAGAUAACACACCGUAUGAUCAUUACUCGAUGUUGAGAUCCAUUGAAGUUAAUUGGGACUUAGGAUCUUUAGGACGUAAUGACACCAAUGCAACUGUGUUUAAAUUCAUUACUGAUUCUCCUCCACUAUUGAAUGAUUCAAAAGAGUUAAAAGGGGAUCCUGAGGUCAAAACUUCUAGUUAUAAUGGAGCUUCUGUUUUCAUUUCAUCCAUUGAAAAUACGUCUUUGCUUAUAUUCGUUUUACAUAUACUACAAUUUUUGUUCUAA